UGGACUGUUGCAGUUAGUUGACGGCUCCUUACUAUGCUGCGGGAGGGACAGCUGAUAAGAACUUCUCGUGACUCCUGAUAUGCUAAGGAAGUGAGUGCUAGGACACUUUAGUCAUGUAACGCGCUGUAACUUUUAAAACGCAGACACUGUUUGUAGUUGGCGUUUAGACGCAAGAGGACUGUACUUUUUGGUGUAGCUUUGACCACCCUGUGCACAACCCGACUAUAAUGUUGCCUUGGAAGAAGAACAAGUUUGACCUAAUAGAGGAAGACAAGCAGUCCAAGCACAAGGGCUACGCGGUGAGUCUGAACUACUCCGCGCUCACCACGCUGGCCAAGGCGUGCCCGGAGAGCGCGCUGAACCGGGUGGGCAGCAUGUUCAAAUCCAAGAGGAAAAAGGUGAAAAUCACGAGCGAGGACCCAACGUACACGGUGCUGUAUUUGGGCAACGCCACCACCAUCCAGUCAAAAGGUGAAGGGUGCACGGACGUGGCCGUGAGCAAAAUUUGGAACAAGAGCGAAAUGGGCAAGUGCGGCACGAAGAUGCGGCUGACGGUGAGCUCGCACGGCGUGCGCAUGGUGCACGUGGACGAUCAAGCGCGCAGACCCGGACACCUUUAUUUACUCCACCGGAUCACAUACUGCGUUGCUGAUCCUCGUCUGCCCAGGAUCUUCGCCUGGAUCUACCGGCACGAGAUGAAGCACAAGGCGGUGAUGUUGCGCUGUCAUGCCGUGCUCGUGUCCCGUCCGGAGAAAGCGAAAGCCAUGGCGCUGCUUUUGUACCAGACUUCAGCCACAGCACUGGCCGAGUUCAAGAGGCUCAAACGUCGCGACGACGCACGGCACCAGCAGCAGCAGCUGGUUGGCGACCAGACCAUCCCACUCGUGCCAUUACGCAAGCUGCUGAACGGCCAGUGCUGCUACAAGCCUCCGGUGGAGCGCAGCAGGAGCGCGCCCAAACUCGGCUCCAUCACCGAGGACUUGCUCGGCGAGGAAGCCGAAGAAAAAGCCACACAGUUUGAAUGUGAGGACGUGCUUGACACGGACGAGGAGCGCACAGGCACCGAUAAACCUGGCCUGUGCCAGCUCAUUAACGAUUUGGGGGAAAUGGGCAUCGGGAACGACGUGCGGACUCUAAAAGCGGACCUCAGAGUGACCAGACUAUUGUCUGGUGAGAGCACGAGCAGCGAGUCGUCUAUAGAGAACAGUCACGAUCCUGCCGUCGUGUCUAACGAUGCCGACGAGCGCAAAACACCAGAAGUCGGCUGAACUCCGAGAGGAAGUGUCUUCGUCCAGUUGUACAACUGUUCGGUUGUUCGCCUGUAGAUGUUUGUGCCACUGUUUAUCCGUUUCACUUGAAAGAGCGCUCGUGCGCUUGGAGGUUUGUGACUCCGACUUUGGACUGGAUGAAUAAGCCAUGUCUCCAUCCAAGCGUUCUUAUGUUACAUCCAAGGGUUUUGUAUAUGUUAGAUGGGUUGCAUAGUUUUGGCAAAAAGAGAAAAUAUAACAUCAGGGGGAAAAUUAUAUUAUAUAAAAUAUAUAUAAAUUGUGGAAUGAUUCCAUUAAAAAUAUAGCAAAUAAAUGCAUAAAUAAAUAGCAAAUGCAUUUUUUCUUUACAAUUGUUUAAGAACAAUGCAGAUAAAACAGACAUGAUUGAAAAUCCUCAUUAUGAAGCCCUUGAUAAUUCACACAGGUUUUCCCUGGUCUGAAGUUUGAAACCUUGCAGGUUGAUAUGGACAGGAUGUGUGGAAAGGAUGUGUCACAAAAUCACAUUAGUGGUUGCCUGAUUUGAUAGCUCUGCAUAUAGUUCAAGCAGUGAAGGGUUAAAGAAGUGAAGCACAAGCAAGGACCUGACAUGUUUGUUAUAUGAUAAAACAUGGUGUAUUUUCUUGGUUUUUGAGGUGGUUCAAUGUUUGGGUGGAAACCUGGCUGUAGGGAGAAUGAACCAAGGUGCAGUUAACCUCAAGCCGAGCUGGGACAAGGAGUAAUACGCAAUAAAAUGCUUUCUCUCUCUCUCUCUCUCUCUCUUGUCACAUGAAAAGUUUUACAUUCACGAGAGUUUACGUAAGUCAUUUCCACAAAGGAAAUGUUUCUCUGUUAAACAACAGCCCUAAAAUAUGUACACAUUCCUUUAAGGACUCCCUUCAACUACCCAAUUAAUGCUAGCUAUCUAUGUUCAGGACAUUCCAUAUUCUGUUCCUUAUUUUGCACUGUUGUGUAUCAACUUCGUUAUGUUAAUGAUACUGUAUACAACAUUGUUUCCUUUUAAAUGUCCUUAUACAUUUAAAAAAAUCUGUUAUUAUCUUUGCUGUGCAAAAGAGAAAAGAAAAUCUAAUGUAUUGAAAUGUAAAUAUUCAUAAUGUGUAUUAUUUUUAAAGAGGUUCAUGUUCAUUGUUUUUGUGUAUCUUGGAA